AUGUCCGAAAGCUCCGCUUUUCGCCAUCGACGCCUCCGGGCGCCAAUCCCGAGCCCUGGCCCGAACCGUCGCCGGCCUUAUCUCUGGCGCUCUGCCUCCUUCUGGCGCCGGAGCGUACAGAACAACCACGGCAGGGUCUGGUCGGCCCUAUUCCGCGGUUCCGGCGGUACUCGUGCCCACAUUGUCCGCCAGAGAAAGAUUUCAAACGAGGACCCGCCAGGUUCCUUCUAG